AUGCCCGUGUCGCUAAACGCGGAGUUUCGCAAGAAGCCGAGCAGAAGAUCGCAGAGAUUCGAGAGCGCGAGCGACAAGCCAUUGAAUCAAUCGACACAACGUGCGUUGCGAGACUCAAAAAUCAACUCGGCUCGACAGGCAGUAGAAUCUCUGAUGAAGCAAAACAACAAAGUCGCCGACUUUGCCGAAAACUUGGUGCAGAAAAGCUCCAGCUGUGAUAUCAUGCAAAACAAGCACAAUUUAAAACAGAGAUUUGAGGAGCUUCGAGGAAUCCAAGCUGCACAACACCAUCAGACCUCGUUCAUCAAGUUUUACCCCACUCCUGCUGUAGGCUCCAACUUGGGCGACAUUUCCACCGAAGACAAAGCAGACGCAAGUUGGUCCACUCUAGAGGGACUGGAUCAAACUUUUCAGGCUGGUUUAGAGGCAAAGUUUAUUUUAUGCCCCAAAACACCUGAUGGAGAAAUCAGUAACCAGCCUGAUCUCAAACAGCAAAUUGAAGUUCUCAUACAACCAGCCAAAGAUGUCACACAAGUCACUGUUUGCAACACAGACAACGGGAGAUUCGAGGUCAAAUUUAUACCCAAAGUACCCGGUGCUUACAGCAUUGAAAUGAAGAUUAAUGGAGAUACACUCGCCAACUCUCCGUUCACUGUGGCGGUGAAGGAGCGUGAACUUAUCGUGGUCGGUGAGUUGGAUCUGGAUUUAUUAGAAGGAGAUCAGGUCGGCCGUCUAUUUGGAAUCGCGGUAAAUGCGAUAGGGAAUAUUGCGGUAACUGACAUUUGUAAAAACUGUGUUUACAUAUUCGAUAAAAAUGGUAAAUGUCUGAGAAAAAUUGGAGUUAAAGGGCAAUUUAAAGACCCAUGUGGCGUGACAUAUUUGAACGAUGACGAGAUUUUAAUUACAGACACAGUUAACAGCAGAAUACAACAAAUUAAUAUCCAGACAGGAACUGUUGUGAAAACUUUAGGAAAAGCAAGCGUAGGAGAGGUUUAUCGCCCAUUGGAUGUUUGUUUGGAUAAAGAACGUCGCAUUGUUGUAACCGAGUUUUCGAUUGGUAGCAUACAGGUGAUGUCACGCGAGGGAGAGACUAUUUCUAUCUUUGGAAACAUCGGCCCAGAAAAAAUUAAACAACCCAAGGAGCUGUUUGCCUUACAAAAACAACUUUUUCGUCUCCGAUAGCGGUGAUCAAUGCAUCAAGGCUUUCGACAAGUCAGGAACAUUCUUACACAAGUUUGGCAAACUAGGGAAUCAAGAUGGGCAAUUUAACAACCCGAAAUGUUUGCUUAUAGACAGCUUCAAUAAUCUUCUGGUUUGUGAUAAGUUCAAUAAUCGAGUUCAGCAGUUUUCUCUGGACGGUCGCUUCACCGGUAAAAAGUAUCACUUAUUUACCUUAUCCUCGUGGAAUAGCAGCAACACCAGAUGGACGUAUUCUCGUGACUACCACUAAAAAGAUUUUCAUAUUAAAGUAGCUGUUUCAAUAGACACUUAUUUGCUUCGCAGGUUGUAUUCUACUUCUAAUGACCCGAACUGUUUCUUUCCUAAAGUGCAAUAAUCGGAGACUAGAAUUUGUAAGUUUAUUCUUCUUCUCGAAGAAGCUUUGUCAAAUACAACUGAAUUAAUUAGCUUUGAGAUUUUAAAUUUGGUUUGCUGGUGGCGUUUAUGCGUAUUCGUAAUAAUGUAGCACGUGUAAAUGUUAAAAGGAUUCUGAUUGUCAAAGAAUAUUUUGCCUUUAGUACGUCGCGUUCAAUACAUUAUUUUCUUUCAAUAACUAAAGCAGUAUUUGCAUAUAAAUUACCCUGUCUAAACAUUAACCCUUUCCAUCCCUAACACCAGCGUGCAUUUUCUCCUUACUUUUCUUUAUACAUUUCCUAACGUGCUAACAAGGAGAAUAUGUUUAAUAAUCAAACGCUUCCCUAGUUGGUAAUCAUUUCUUGUAUUCUCGUGUCCGUAAUGUUUAAAUCAGGGGUGAUAUUAUAAGGAGAAAUUAAAUGUUAGUCACUCUUAAAGGUCGCAGAAUUAAUGAGGAACAGAUCAGUUUAACUCCAAGCGUCAAUUUACGACUUAAAAUGUAAGUGAGAAUUCGAAGUCAGUAAUGUGUGAAAACAUUUACCAACGGUUGCCUUGUUAGCUCAGUUGGUAGAGCGCUGCACCGGUAUCGCAGAGGUCAUGGGUUUAAAUCCCGUACAGGCCUGAAUUUUUUUUCUACUGCCCAAGUAGUGCACAUUACUGCGAGGAUCACUUUCAUUCACAUCUUUAUCCGCAGUUCAAAUAUAUGACUUUCAUAUAUUCUUAACCGUAUGAAAAGAAACCUUAUCGGCCAUGAUCUUCUACAACAAAAGCGUGACUGCGUGAUGAUAGCCCAGUUUCUAAAUAUAUUUAGCUUCAGUUCAUAAGGUCACUCAACUACAUCCUGUUUUUCUCGGAAUUUCAAACAAUAGCUUUUUCAAGCUGUGUUUACAAGCAAUCUUGUCGAACGCUGACAAUGGAGUCGUUCUUGAGAAAUCUCACUAAACAGAUUACUUGCUCGAUUUGUCUCGAGACCUUCAAAGAACCUAAAAUUAUAUCGUGUUUUCACACGUUUUGCUGUGAUUGUUUGAAAAACACGCAAGAGUGAGCCAAAGGCAUGGAAAAUUUAGAUGCCCCGAGUGUCAGGCAGAAAUCCACUUACCAGAAAGAAAUCGCUUCGAAGCGUUGCCAACCAGUUUCUUUCACAACAGUUUGUUGAAUAUCCUUGCCGUUCGACAAAGUGGCGAUGGAAAAAACAUCACUUGUAGCAAUUGUAAGAGGACAAGCUCCAAUGUCCAUUACUGCUUUGAUUGUGCCUCGAUUCAUGUGUUCUGAAUGUCUGAACGCACAUGAAAUUAUGCGCGCUCCUUUGAGGGACACAAAGUCAUGCCUGUUAAAGACUUUCAAGAUCAAGAUUACGAGGCUUUGUUAAAGCGACAGCCCUUUUGCACCAAGAAGUACCACGAGCGAGAGAUCACGAGAUUUUACUGCCUCCAGUGUCAGUGUUGUGUUUGCCAUCUUUGCAUCGUCACGGAUCAUCAAAGUCACAAAGUUCAAUUGCUCGACGAAGCGGCUGACAACGAGAAAGGAAACAUCAUGGCGGACGCCGCAGAGAGCCGAACAAGGGAAAAAGAUUUAAAGGAAACGCUUCAACAAUUCCAAAACACAGCAAACAGCCUGCAAGAAAAUGCCCGCAUCGCUAAACGAGGAGUCUCUCAAGUAGCCGAAAAGAUGAUCGCAGAUAUUCGAGAGCGCGAGCGGAAAGCCAUUGAAUCAAUCGAGACAACGUGCGUCACGAGACUCCAAAAAUCAAUUCGACCCGACAGGCAAUAGAAUCUCUGAUGAAACAAAACAACAAAGUUGCCGACUUUGCCGAAAACUUGAUACAGAAAAGCUCGAGCUGGGACGUCAUGCAAAACAAGCCAAAUUUGAAACAGAGAUUUGAGGAACUUCGAGGAAUCCAAGCUGCACAACACCAUCAGACCUCGUUCAUCAAGUUUUACCCCACUCCUGCUGUGGGCUUCAACUUGGGCGACAUCGCCACCGAAGACAUAGCAGACGCAAGUCGGUCCACUCUAGAGGGACUGGAUCAAACUUUUCAGGCUGGUUUAGAAGCAAACUUCAUUCUAUUCCCCAAAACACCUGAUGGCGAAAUAAGUAACCAGCCUAAUCUCAAACAGCAAAUUGAAGUUCUCAUACAACCAGACAAAGAUGUCACACAAGUCUCUGUUUGCAACACAGAAAACGGGAGAUUAGAGGUGAAAUUUAUACCCAAAGUACCCGGCGCUUACAGCAUUGAAAUGAAGAUUAAUGGAGAUACACUCGCCAACUCUCCGUUCACCGUGGCGGUGAAGGAGCGUGAACUUAUUGUGGUCGGUGAGUUGGAUCUGACUUUAUUAGAAGGAGAACGGGUCGACGAUUUAUUUGGAAUCGCGGUAAAUACGAUGGGGAAUAUUGCCGUAACUGACAAUGGUAAAAACUGUGUUUACAUAUUCGAUAAAAAUGGUCAAUGUCUGAGAAAAAUUGGACUUGAGCAAUUUCGAGACCCACUUGGCGUGACAUAUUUGAACGAUGACGAGAUUUUGAUUGCAGACGCUGGUAACGGUGGAAUACAACAAAUUAAUAUCCAAACAGGAACUGUCGUGAAAACUUUAGAAAGAGCAGGUGUAGGAAAAAAAAGUGAUUGAUGUUCCUUGGGAUGUUUGUUUGGAUGAAGAACGUCGCAUUAUUGUAACCAAAUUUUGAAAAGUAGGAUACAGGUGAUGUCACCUGAGGGAGAGACUAUUUCCAUCUUUGGAAACAUCGGCCCAGAAAAAUUAAACAAGUCAAAGAGCUGCUUCCCUUACAAAGACAAGUUUUUCAUAUCCGAUAGCGGAAAUCAUUGCAUUAAGGCUUUCGACAAGUCGGGAACAUUCUUACACAAGUUUGGCAAACAGGGCAAUCAAGAUGGACAAUUUGACAACCCAUAUGGUUUGCUUAUAGACAGGUCCCAUUGCCUUUUGGUGUGUGAUCAGUUCAAUCAUCGAGUUCAGCAGUUUUCUCUGGACGGUCGCUUCACUGGAAAAAGUAUCACUCAUUUAAGUAAUCCUCGUGGAAUAGCAGCAACACCAGAUGGACGUAUUCUCGUGACUACCCCUAAAAAGAUUUUCAUAUUAAAGUAG